AAACCCAUGACCACAAUGUUGUAAAAAAUCAAGCGACACCCAGGAAACCUUUCUCGCAUCAAAAUACUAGAUCUGGCCAAAAAAAAAAAAUUUUCGAGUGCAGAAUCCAGACGUGAGUUUCUGAGAAAAUCGCAUAAAAAAAAAACACUGCAUAGCCAUCAUGAGAUGGAGAUGAGCUGAAGAAAACGAAAACCCUAAUCCCGGAAAACAAACAACUAGCGGCCACGAUUUGUAGAGAGAUCGCACAGGCUUUGAGAAAGACGUGCACGAGUUGAAUAAAGUUUGCAAGUUGUAGAGGGGCACGAAUCUAAGGUCGCGACACUAGAACAAGGAACGACUCCCAAAUCUUCUGCAGUAGAAAGAGAGAAAACGACACUGUAAAAAGUCGAAAAACAUGGACUAGAGAAGCCUGCGUGAUUUGCUUGCAGGUCACAGACAAAACUUAGGGGGUAGGAGAUUAAAACAGAUUGGUAGAAAAAAAAACGUGAAGAACCUUUGCUCGUGACUUUUAACCCACCAAACGUCGAACAGGAAACCAAAAGGAAUUGCGGGUUUUAAACACCGUGAUUUGCAGGCACACGCAAAGAAAACCUCAUGAAAAAAACCUCAAUUCUACAAACGCAGGUGUCGACAGUGAACAACACCCAAAAAGUUAAGUGGCAUUUUAUGUUUUUGAAAGGGUUGUAUCCUUGUACAAAAUCAUUUUCUACUUAGGUGUUUUUGGCAAUCUUUAGGUAUCCUUAUGCAUGAUUGUUUUACUUAUGAUUAUUAGUUAAGUGGCAAACUGUUAAAUUCUCCUUUGGUGAGUUAUACAUGAUUCUACAAAAUUUUAAUAAUAUUUGUGUCAAUGAUAAAAUGUGAGAAAAGUGCACAAUCAAGGAGGUUGGUUGAUUUUCAGAAUUCAAUUUCAGUUACAACAGACUAUCACUAAAUUUAGAAGAAAAUAGUGUAUUACAUAUAGGAUAUAUUCAUAAAAGAUUACUUUCUCUACUCUAAAGGAAGUACCUCUUUAUGAAUGAUUACAAGUCUUAUGCAUCGUAUUCUUUGUUGCUGCAGAAAAUUGUUUAAGGAAGAAGUAUUUCUUUGGUAAUGUAGAUGGGACAAUCUGGCUUCUCAAAAGGAAGCUCUAGUGGUGUGUUCAGAUAACAAUCUGAACACAGGCAUAACAAUAUGGGAUAUUUCCACCGGGGAAGAAUUGUUUCAUCGUCCUACUUGUGCUUCUCCUCGUCAUGGUCUAAUAUGCUUGGGACACCAAUUUUUAGUGGCUGCACAGAUUCAAAAGCCCGGCUCAUAUAGGGGUGGUGCAAUUUUUAUUUGGGCAUUGAACAAGGCCCAAGUUUUGCAUAGAAGCUAUCCCAUAGAGGCCAUAGGUCCGCUUGCAUGCACAAGUGAUGGAUCUUAUAUUGUUGGUGGAACGCCUUCUGGGAAAUUAUUCAUAUGGGAGGUGGCAAAUGGGAAGUUAUGUAAACAGUUGCCAGCUCAUCAUAAAUCUGUCAGUUGUUUGGCAUUUUCAGAUGACAACUCUUUGCUGAUCUCUGGUGCAGUUGAUGGUGUAAUCAAUGUUUGGCUUGUAAUUGGUUUGCUGGAUAUGGUAGAGAAUUCGCAAGAAGAUAUGUCCUCAGUUUGUUUACAUUCCUGGUUUGAACACAAAAGCUCAAUAACUGAUCUUGCAAUAAGCUCUGGGGGAUCUAGCUCAGUUGCUAUUUCCUGUUCUUUGGAUUGUACAUGCAAGGUGUGGAGACUUGGCAAUGGCACGUUGCAGCAAACAUUUACAUUUCCAGGGGAGAUAAAAGCUAUUACACUAGAUCCUGGAGACAGAUUACUAUUUGCUGGAUCUGUGGAUGGAACGAUAUUUGUCAAUGAACUUGACAUUGGAUUGCAGGGUACUAGUGAUGUUGCUACAGAGAAUCAGUCAUCCAUGUUAAUUGGCCAUAGGGGAUCUAUUACAGCUCUAGCCUUCACAACAAAUCAAUUGUGGCUGGUAUCUGCUGCAGAAGAUUGCACUGCACGCAUAUGGGAUGUAGUUACUGGCCACGUUAUUCGGAUAUUCAACCAUAGGAAAGGACAAAUAACAAAUAUCUUGGUAAUUCCACAAAUCUUGUUUCAUGCAAAGGGUUGUCAGAAAAACAGCAGCAAAGGAUGUUUGCCUGGUAUACCAGUUUCUUCUUUAGAAAAGUCCUCAAAGCCAAGAACCAGAUUGGAAGAAACAGUAGCAAUCAUACCUUCAUACUGUUCAUUGGAGGAAGAACUUGCUCAAAGUAGAUCAUAUAGUGCAGCUUCAAUGAAGCAACAAAUCCUAGAUCUCGAGCAAGAGUGGUCUCCAGAAGCAAUACAGAUGAAGGUUGAAUCUAGUGUAGAGAACCGCAUGCAGGCUACGAGCAUGAUCAAAAACUUGAUCGAGGUUAAUAAAAAUUUACAGUCAAAGUUUCUUGACAUGAUACAAAAUCGAUUGUGUCCAAAAUCUGAUGAUGUUAAGUCGAAAAUGAAGUCUGCUUUUGACAGCACAUGAAAAACGUGUAAUGAAUUAAACAAUACAUAAUACGAAUUUCUUCAUAUUAUAAAUAUUAUUAAUUGCUUAUACAGUUUUUACGAUUAUUUUGUUUCA